UUAGAUACAAUAAAAUACGUUCAAAUGAAAUCAAAUGUCUAAAAAAAAAAAAUAAUAAUAAAAUAAAAUAAAAAAUAAACAUAAAACAGUGUAUUUGAUUUAUUUUACGAAAUAAAUAUUCGAAACCACUAGAUAGUUCUGUUGCGUGCGUGCGUGCGUGCGUGUGUAUGUUUUUUCCUACUUGAAAAUUUGAAUAAAAAUUGAAGUUUGAAAUUUUCUCAGUUACAUGUAUUUUUAAUUCCAGACAAAAGGAUCCACACAUUUACUUCGAUCCAAAUAAAAAGGAAAAUUGGCGGUUAUAGAAAACGGGUGUUGAGUUGGAUGACACCCACAAAAUGGCCUUCCGUGAACUGAUCCCGGAUCCAGAAAAUUUUCAAGGAAAGGGGGGAAGCGAUCCAAGUUUGAAACCUUUUUCGUCCAAAUAAAGGGGAUUGAAGAGACUAAUUGGCAAAAAUUGACCAUUAAAAUGUUCAACCAAAGGGGGUGGGUUUACAUCCCCCCUAAAUCCCCUCCCCUUAGAUCCGCCAUAGUGUACAGCUUUUUCGCAAUAAUGAUUUAAAUACACCGGAAUCCUGCCAGCAUUCUUCUUCUGGUGUAUUUUCACAUUCACGCGGUUCUGUGACCGUUACGUUCUGCGAUCGUUACGUUCUGCCUCGGGUACGCCUCCUAUGCAGUACAGCCGUGUUGCGUCUUCCAAUCGCUGUGAUUAGCAUAAUUUCUUUACAGUCUCCCCCUUUUUUGUGGCAAAAUUGGCAUUAUAAAAGUUUUCAUUUUUAUAAAUUCUCACAUUCUGUGUGUCGUGACAUACCGGAUGGUUCUCCGAGGUUCCAGGGAGCAGACGUCGAUAAAAAGGUCCCGUGUCGUCUAAAAAAUAUUCUUAACGCCGAUCAUCUGUAAAUCUUAAAAGAGUACAUAUGACCCCCCCCCCCCUCCCUAUCAAUUAAAAUAUCGCAACUGAAUAGUCAAAACAAUACGAUUAAAUAUUUACUUACCAGACCUAUGUAAUGCUUCUUUCAUCGGGCCCAAACCGUCCUUGUACGUUUAAGAUGCUCUCUCAAGAAACUAGAUAUACUGAGCGACAAUUAAAAAAAUGGGGGGGGGGGGGGGGCGGAUCAAAGAGCUGCUUUUAAUCAUUACCAAUGGAAAAUUGUCCGCAUUGUCACAAUAUUAAUUCACCCCCUUCCCUUUCAACUUAAAUUGAUACAUUCCACGUGUAUAAUCAAUACAUUAUGACAAGUUAACUGUAAUCAUAUGUACAGAAUAUUGAAAAAAAGAAAGAAUCAUAUCAAUUUUAGCAAAAGUAAUUAAAAAAUCAAAGAUACAACGUAUUUACAGAAAGUGGACAAUGCACGUGAUACAAAUCACAGAAUGACUAAAUCUCUCAGACUUAUAAACCUUUUGUAGAGGGCGGAGAAAAAAGUCCAGGAUAGAAGAGCGUGGACAUCUCUAGUCCUUGUCCUAUGUGUCCCCGGGUGUAACAAGAUAGAGGGGCGUGGACAUCUCUAGUCCUUGUCAUGUGUGUCUCCGGGUGUAACAAGAUAGAGGGGCGUGGACAUCUCUAGUCCUUGUCAUGUGUCUCCGGGUGUAACAAGAUAGAGGGGCGUGGACAUCUCUAGUCCUUGUCAUGUGGGUCCGGGUGUAACAAGAUAGAGGGGCGUGGACAUCUCUAGUCCUUGUCAUGUGUGUCUCCGGGUGUAACAAGAUAGACCCAGGGUGGGGGCCCAGGGGGCGAAGCUCCUGGAUUUUGCAGGUUUUAUAGAGCUUGAAAUAUGUCUCCUAUUUACUCAUUGGUACUAUUUUCUAUCAUUUUUUAUAAGGUGAAAUUAAUAAAAAUGACGAAAAUUUUUAAGGGUUUUUGGAAAAAAUGAAGUUCUCCCAGAAAAAUAUUUCAAGAAAUCAAAAGAUUUUGUUAUUCAUUUCUCCGGGAGUGGAAGAAAUUAUUGCUUCUGUUAUCGUUUAGUACAUUUUUCUAAACAAGAUACCACGAUUUACCUUAAAUUUGAAAAUUUUAAAUCCGCCACUGUAUAUUAGGCCAAUUCAACUUAAUUGAUAGAUUAUCAUCCCCGCUCGCCCCUUAAAAAUCGGACCGCCCCAAAUUUUUUUAUUUUGCAAAACUUGCGAUUUCCAGAAAAUGUUCAUGCCCAACUCCGGUAUAGCAAAGUGAAAAGCUACGUGAACGGUGAAGAAAAUAUAUAUAUCAUAUAUGUAUGGUUUUCUUAAUUUCUCGUGUUCUAACGAGUGUAAAUCUUGAAGAAGUUUGGUAUCUUUCUGUGUUUGAAAUUAAAGCUUAACCUGGAAUUCGUCUGUGAAAUAAGCAUAGAUUGAUAUCCAUAUAGCAUUUAUGAUUAAAUGACGCACUUCUGUUGACAAAAUAUUUUCUCAGAAAAUAAAAAUAGAAAAAUAAAAUCCUCCCACCCGCCCCAUACUGUUUGGUGACUGUAGAUGAUAAUCUACUAAUUAAGUUGAAUUGGCCUUAUGAUCGGUGAUGUGACAUUUUUAAAAACGGUUUCUAUUCGAGAUUUGUGUACUCCAUUGAAAUAUAUAAACUCUGAAGUUACAUAUUUUAUCAAAAAUACGUCCGAAAUACCCCAAGGAAUUGAACAUUUAAAAAUACAAGAAGGGGGGUACCGGAAGUCCUAUCCACAAGCACCUGUGCUACCAUACUGACAAGACGAAACGUUCACAUGACGACCAUCAGCAAUAUUUUUAAACACUCAUUUUUUGGCAGGUUUACAUGGAAAUGGAAUCUUACAAGUGAGUGUGGGUUCUGAAGAACGCAUGUGCAAUUUAAAACCCUUUGCAUCCGAUCAAAUUAUAUGGAUGCUUUGAACACUCUUCCCAUUUUUCAACCACUAUUCCCAAUGUUCAGUUGAUAAUCAGGAUGAACACGAUUCCCAAUGUUCAGUUAAUGAAACAGGAUGUUCAGUAUUUUGAGAGCAAAUUUACGCGAUCGAGCGAAAACAAAAGUUGAAGGAAGAAGAAAAUGCUUCUUUUUUUCUCAUGUAAAGCAUUAGUUCCAGUCACAACCCUACUCUAGCACCGGCGCUCACGGUGAAUGAAUUCACACCAUGUGAGGAUGCUUGGGCAUUCAUUUGAUAGAUUAUGCCCCUGUGGUUCUUGAGAAGGAGACUUCAAAAAACUUGUCCUUAGCUAAACGUUACACCCCUAUCGUGGUCCCGCCCUUGACCCGGGGUUUAUGGACUAAAUAAGCAUGAAUAUAUGCUACAUGGCGAUACUAUAUAUUCACAAGUACCUUUAGAUGUUGCAAGAAUGCAUAUUUACAUUUCCAUUGUCUUUGCCUUUGGUAUCUUUACAAAUUGUAAUGAUAGCCAUUUCCUCAUGAAUACGUAGAAGUUGUAAACAAUGCACGUGUGAUUCUUAAUGAAUAUAGUGUGUCUAUUCUAACAGCUGGGAAUUCCGAGAGAAAAAAAGAAUGUAAAUAAAAAAAAAUAUCCCUUUUUUGAAAAUGCACGAGGGCAUGGAUUGCAACGUUUAAAUUUUGCCGGUACUAAGCGUUGCAAUUUAUACCUUCAUGAAAAUAUAUUCAGAAAUGAAAAUCAUUUCUUAAUUUAAUCUUUAAAACCCAUAAUGUGACCCUUGCUGUCAAUUUGAAUGUACAUUUGUACAGUAAAUGAGGAUGCAUAUCUAACUGGUGACGUCUCAAUAGGAGUGAAAAACUCUCGACGGGACAUAAAACAAACAACUAGAUCUAAUCAACCAACCAUUGAUAUAAAAAAGAAAGACAAAAAUUCUAAAAUUCUAUCCUUAAGAACAACCUUAUUUCAAUGGUUGGUUGAUUAGUGGUUUGUUUCACGUUCCGUCGAGAGUUUUUCACUCAUAUUGAGACGUCACCAGUUGCAGGUGAAGUACUACAAAUUUAGACCUAUGCCUAGUGCUUACGGCCAUAGCAGAGAGGGUUCUUUACUGUGUCAACGCCUGCCGCGACACAGGACUUUCAUUUUUAACGUCAUAUCAGAAAUACCCAAUAUUCUUACUUUUAAAUGGCGAGCGUUUGGCGAUGACUGAUGAAGCAAUAAAUCAACACAGGGGUCUAUGUUUACGCCAUUGGUUUGACGUGGCCAUGGCAGGAGCGGGGCUCGAACUCACGACCUGCCUGUUACGAUCUACCACUGAGCUGGAUCGACCGGUUUUACUUCAAUGUGAAACUGUAUGUAUUCGUAGAGUGACUGUGCAUAUUGGCCCAUGAUCUUAACAAACUUCAAUCUAUACACGAGAAUGCUUGCAUAUAACAAUUUGUACCCUUGUGACUUUUAAGAAAAUUGAUAAAGUAACCCCUUAAAACAGCGGGACAUUAAUUCGCGAGAUUGGAAAUAUACAGCGUUCAUGACUGUCAUUUGUUCCGGUCAAAACAUUUGACAUCACAAAUGAAAAACAUAUUUUCGCUAGCCAAGGGUGACGCUCCACGGUGUUUCUCUUUUCGGCAUAUAUCACGUGUCAUCACGUGUCAUUCUGUUUGUUUGAUACAUGUGCUUGUGAAGUGGGAUGAAACUUCAAAAUUUACAAUUUCAAUCCCAUGUUUUGCACGGUAGUCCGUUUAAGCAUUUCAAUCAAUUAAUAUUUUAAAAGCGCGUGUACGUUACGGGUAUAUUUGAUUUUGCAUUAAAAACACAAUACUUAAGAAAGUUAUAAUAUCGCACCAACAAAAUAAAAAGCUGCGCUGUCAUGCGCACUCGAGUUAUAUUCGACCUCGUAUUGGUUAUUCUUAUUUCAAAUCAAAGGUGACCACGUUAAUUCGACGUUUGAUGUAUAACGUCGAUUGAAGUUAAAUUGGCGUUUUAGUAUUUCAAGGUCAACGUUGAUUUAACAUUAAGCACAAAAGACUGUGCAUACCUGAGAUCUUCAAACCUUGGACAAUUCUUAUCAGUGACAAUUUCUUGCAUAAUAUCUUUUCACUGUCAGCUAAUUAGCAUAAUAAAACCUAAACUUGAAUAAAUGCGAUCAGUCAUUUGAAAAGGAGAAACAAAAAGCCAUAUCUAAGGUUUACGAGAGAGAAUUUACAACCUACUAUCAAUCACUACCUGAAAUUUCACCUCGUCGAAUAAGAUUUGUAGAUAUACAGAAGUCCCCUGUUUAAGUUAAUUCAGGGAGAUUGAGGACUUUGGGAUAGAUUCGGGAGUUUUAGAUAGUGUAAACAAAAAUUAAUAGCUGACCGUGUAGUGUCUUUUCGCAGAUUGACAGUUUAAAAAGGACCGUUGUCUGCAUGAUACGGUGUUCAUCAUCGCUGUGUUUUUAUGGCACCUAUAAUUACAAAAUUCAUACCACAGCCAGGGAGGCGGGGCCUCUUUGUUUCAGACAAACAGAAAGAACCGGUCGAUUUCAGUUGAAUACAAAUGGUCUGUCGAAGGGUAACUGGCGUUAUCUUAUCAGACAGCAGUUAUUGAAAAGUUUCUACCGUGUUCAAACAUGCAAAUUAUCUUUUUCACGUCACUGAGAGGAAAAUCAGUGGACAAUCCCGCCUUUUGAUAUAUGGUGCUUCAAUUUCACUUAGACAGUGCAAGUGCUUUACAGCGGAUCAGAGAAAAGUGACAUGGCAAUGCAGGAUAAUUCCAUUUGGGGAAGUUAAAAAAUAUUUAUUGUGCGCACUGAUCGUAAACAAUGUGGAGUGCUACCAAAGUUCGUGCCCGAAUCACCGAAACUGACCCGGUCUUCAGGGCCAGGUACAUCGGGUUUGCCGAGACGUUUGUUGCCAGUGGGCAGGGAUGUACAACCGGCCCCGUCCAGAAACUCUGGGACAAUGCCGGGGAAGAAAGGGAACUGAAAAAGAUGACCAUCAUUAUAAAUACUAGUGGAAUAACCAUUAAAGGGUCGGACAAGAAAAAAGAACAAGGCAGAUUUUAUCCAAUAGAAAACAUUUCAUUCUGUAAUGCUGACGUCACCAUCAAUGAGAGAAUAUUCUGCUGGAUUUGUAAGGAUUCGGAAUCCCCGUCUCUACAAUGUCACGCCGUUAUCUGUGGUAGCAAAGAGGAGGCCAAGUCCAUGGCUCUCGUGAUGUCUAGAGCCUUCCAGAUAGCUUACAAAGAAUGGAAAACAUUGAAAAACAGGGAAGAACGCGAAAGCAAAAAAAUUGGAACCAAGGGACAAGCACAAAGUAAGCAGUCAAGUUUCCGAAAAGACAUCGCCUCACAACCGGAUUCUGACUCGAUACAUAGUAGUGAAUCCGGAUCCGUUCACGAAUCACAUUCAAAUGGUGGCCGGGAAUUGUUCAGACGCGAUUCAGAAUGUCAGACGGAUAUGAACGACUUGACAAAUGAAUUGAAUAGCUCACUAAAAAUAAUGGAUUCUGAUUUGGACACUGUUUCUAAAAGCAAUAACUGCAAUGAUAUUCCUACCGCUCCGGAUGUCGUUACGGUUUCUGUAGGGACAGAAGUGCAAUUAGCGGAACAGGAAGUGCUCUAUUAACACCUUGAUAUUACUACAUGUAUAUAUGUAUGAGACCUAGUCUAACUGUGAUAUUUGUACAUAGUAUAUUUAUCGUGUAGGAUAAAAGAUCACCUCCAUACAUUGAACCUCUAUAAGCGUGGAUAACAAUGGACGAGGACUAGGAGGCGUGGGCUGUACGCUUUAUAGUUUAUGUAAAUGACAAGGAGAGGUUGAAGUCUUUGUUAAUUGUUUUAAUUUGCAUAUCUGAUAUUAGAAUUAAAAGACUCUAAGCAACAA